GUAGUUUUUCAUGUAAGACAACGUGUUGAGCCAUCAUGGGAGAAAGCAACAGUUACCUAUGGCCGUUUAAAACUAUUUUCAUAACAGGAGCCAAUCGGGGUAUCGGAUUAGAAUUAGUCAAACAAUUUCUAAGCCUCUCUCAUUCUCCAGAACACAUCUUUGCCACCUACAGAACACUAGAGACGGCCUCAGAACUGAAAUCACUUAGCGAAGUCAACACGAAACUUCACAUGGUACAACUGGACGUCAACAACAUCGAGAGCUUCGAUGAAGUUGUUUCAGAGGUGGACAGCGAAUUAAAGAAUCACGGUUUGGAUUUGUUGAUAAACAACGCUGGAAUUAUGGAUAGGAGUAAACUAGAUGCUGUCACUGCAGAAGGCAUGAUCAAAGUUUAUAAAACCAACGUCGUUGCUCCGUUGAUGUUGAGUAAAGCAUUCCUGCCCCUUCUUCGCCGUUCAGUAUCUCAAAGAAACAGUGAAAAUUCUUCCAAGACUUUCAUUGUGAAUAUGUCAUCUGGAGCUGGCUCUAUAGCAAAUAACACAUGGAGUACGAUGUACCCAUAUCGACCGAGCAAGGCGGCACUGAACAUGAUCACAAAGUCUCUAAGCGUUGACCUGGCUGGCGAGGGAAUCAUGGCAGUUGCGUUACAUCCAGGAUGGGUUCAAACAGACAUGGGAGGAUCAAAUGCUUCGCUGACAAUUAAGGAAUCGGUUGAUGGGCUGAUUACCGUCAUCGGUUCUUUAGACGAGUCGAAGAAUGGAGGAUUUCUGGAUUAUACAGGCAAAACAUUACCUUGGUAGAACGAUUAAGGACAGGACAGGCCAGGCCAGCGGGGAAUAAGUGUUGGUAAAACCAAAUAGUAACAGUAGUGCUGAUGGCGUCUCUGGGAGAUGAUGUAUCUUCCAGCCAUAUUGACGAAGAUAAUUUCUUCUGGAACUCCGUGCGACCGUGACAGUUAUUGAGUUAGUUAAUGAGGGGCUUCUUUAAUAGGCUUCAAGCCCCGCUUUCAUGUGAAUUUAAUCGCUCAAUAAAAUGAUGGUCUC